AUGGCGGCCACCAACGGCCAGCAGGCUGACACUCCGGAGCAGCCACAGGAUCUUGUAAAGCUCGUGCCGCCAGGUACCAUCAUCCCCCCGAAAGCUCUACGAGAGUCGAGGAUCGAGAAGGUCGCCGCCUAUGUCGCCCGUAGUGGUGAUAAGCUCGAGGAGAAAGUGCGCGCCGGUGGACAAGCUCCCUACGUCGACCCGGAAGACCCCUACCACGCUUACUACAAAUGGCGUGUCGAAGAGAUCAGAGCUGGCCGUGGGUUCGAUGAGUCGACCAGAGCCAUCGCUCGCAAGACAGAAGUCACAUUCCAGGGUAAGGACAGCGCGCCGAAGCCCCCGCCCGAGUAUCAGUUCAGCGCCCGCAUGCCCAACAUCAGUGCGCAAGAUCUUGAGAUUGUCAAGUUGACUGCACUGUAUGCCGCCAAGAAUGGGAAGAGUUGGAUUACCCAGCUCAGUCAAAGAGAAUCUGGCAACUUUCAAUUCGACUUCUUGCGACCACAGCACUCUCUGAACAUGUAUUUCAACCGGUUGAUGGAGCAGUACAAGGAUUUGAUCGAGGGCGAGACGGCAAAGAAUGGUGCACCACAGAAGAAGCGCGUCGCUGAGUUGGAGAGUACUGUUGCCGACCGGUUUAGUGUGCUGGAACGAGCGAAGAAGCGGGCUGAGUACCGGCAGUGGCAGGACAAGCAGAAAGUAGAGAAAGAGGAGAAGGAAGAGAAGGAGAGGAUUGCCUUUGCGCAGAUUGACUGGCAUGACUUCAGCGUUGUCGCCACCAUUACAUUUGACGAGGGUGAUGAGCAUGCAGAAAUGGCGCCGCCUAAAUCUAAGAAUGACAUGCUCUCGCUGAGUCUAGAGGAGAAGGCCAAGAUGCGUAUAGACCCCAGCCGGAGACUCGAGGAAGCUGUGCCCAGUUUCGACGACUACACCGACAUCUUUGGGCAACAGCAGCAGAUGCCCGCUGCUCAGAUGCCGCAAACCUACACUCCACAGCCACCUCCAUCUGCCUCUCCUGCCCAGGCCGCGCCAUAUGCCGCGCCGCCUUCAGUCCAGGAGGAGCGUGAGCGUGUACGCGCGAAUCUCACCAAGAACAACCAGCCCGCGCGUGUGCGGACUAAUUACGUCCCUGCAGCUCAACGCGGCAAACAAGCCCAGAAUACUUCCAUCUGCCCGAUCUGCAAGCAGGCCAUUCCCAACGACGAGAUGGAGCAUCACAUGAAGAUCGAAUCGUUAUCACCCGAAUGGCGCGAACAGAUGGCCAAGAAUCAGCAGCGAAGCUCAACCACGAACCUCGCCACAGCUGAUGUCGCCAACAACCUCAAGCGCUUGGCUUCGCAGCGCACGGACGUCUUCGAUCCUAUCACUGGUCAGGCGAUCACUCCGGAGGAGCAGGAACGUCGCAAGCGGGCAGAGCUAUCGGCAUACGACGGCUCGGCACAGCAGUAUCAACAACAUCCACUGCCACCUGGUCCAUUCCCGCCGGGCACAGAGCGACCCGAUGUGCAUGAGCAAAUCCGAUAUUUGCACGACAAGUACAAGAAGUGA